AUGUCUCAGCCACACCUCCGCAUGCCCUUCUCGGGGAAGAUUUCUCCAAUCUUGUCCCCAAAUCUAUCGAAUUCGUCAAGUCGAUCUUCUUUUGGCCGUGGCGAUGGACUUGGAAGCGGAAGUUCUAGUUCUAGGAAUAGUUUUGGAUUAAGGCCUUCGUUGCAAGGUGGUCUGGGGUCAGCUUCAGUGCUUGCGGAUGCCCAAGAGCAAGACAUUCAACCGUAUCUAUCAACAUCACGAGAG